AUGUCUGAGAACUACUUUGACCAGCUGAUGACAAUAGUUCAUGACAUGCUUCCUGAAGAUAAUGUGCUUCCUAAUUCAACGGAGGAGAUAAAGAAGUUCCUGAAGAUAUUUGGGUUUGGGUAUGAUAUCAUUCAUACAUGUAAGAAUGACUGCAUUCUGUAUCGGAAGCAGUACGAGAGCAUGGAAAGUCGCCCACGAUGUUGUACUUCUCGGUGGGAGAUGGACAAACACAGUGGCGAGGAGAAGAAAGGGAUUCCAGCAAAGGUCCUCAGGUAUUUUUCCAUUAAGGACAGAUUCAGAAGGAUGUUUAGGUUGAAAAAGAUGUCUGAGGAUCUGCGUUGGCACUCCAGCAAUGCUAGUGAAGAUGGUACAAUGAGACAUCCGGUUGACUCUUUAACUUGGGCCCAGGUGAAUGAUUCAUGGCCAGAGUUUGCUGGUGAACCUAGAAACUUGAGACUCGGUCUUUCUACAGAUGGGAUGAACCCUUUCUCCACUCAGAAUACCAAGUACAGUACAUGGCCAGUGUUGCUAGUUAGCUACAACAUGUCUCCGACUAAGUGUAUGAAGGAUGAGAAUAUUAUGUUAACUAUGUUGAUUCCAGGACCUACUGCACCGAGUAACAAUAUUGACGUCUAUCUAGCACCACUGAUAGAUGAUUUAAAGGAUUUGUGGGCUGAAGGUAUUGAGGUCUACGGCUCUUUUCUUAAAGAGAACUUCACACUUAAAGCUUUGCUAUUGUGGAGUAUCAGUGACUAUCCUGGAUUAGGGACGUUGUCUGGAUGUAAAGUGAAGGGCAAAAAAGCAUGUAAUGUUUGUGGGAAGGAUACUCCUUCUAGAUGGUUAAAGUUUAGCCGGAAGUACGUGUAUAUGGGCAACAGAAAGCGACUCAGACUAGGUCAUCCUUACAGGCGCAGGAAAGCAUGGUUUGACAACACAAUUGAAAAAGGUACUCCAAAUAGAAUACAAACCAGAGCAAAAAUAUUUGACAUUCUUAGUGAGUUUAGGAAUGAUUUUGGAAGACCUUUAGAUAAGGAAACAAAAAGAAAGAGGUCGGAAUUGUGUGAAGAAGAACUUUCUUCAGAGGAAGAUGAGGAAGACAGUGACCAAUGGCGAUGGAAGAAGCGCUCCAUAUUCUUUGAGUUAUUUUAUUGCAAGGAAUUACCAGUCCGACACAAUAUUUAUAUGAUGCACAUGGAGAAGAACAUCUCUGAAGUUAUAUUGUCUACUUUGAUGCAUAGUACUAAGUCCAAGAAUGGUUUGAAAGCAAGAAAAGAUUUGGAAGAUAUUGGAAUCCGAAGGCAUUUGCAUACUGAGCUACGGGGAAAGAGAACAUACUUACCUUCUGCUGCUUUCUAG